AUGGUUUUCCUACGAAUUGCGGGAAAUAGAAAUAGGCUGCCUACGUCUUAUGGAAAAGAGCACGCAGACCCUCAUACAACUUAUCAAACAUGGCCGUACUCAGACUUACUUAGAAGUGAUUUACCUGUCCUCAUCUUUUCUCCAGGCAUUUCAUCAGUACCCACCAUCGGUGUUCCAGGCCAUCUUGCCUGCUGUGAAGACUUCGCAGCACCAAUCCUCCUGGACGACUCGGGUCAGCCUGUCGUGGCAGCUGCGCAGAUCGGUAAGGGAGCGAUCAUCGUUUUCAGUCACGACGGAUAUAUGGAGAAGUUCAAACAAAAUGAUGAGAACUUCUGCCAACUGUUUAACAACUGCCUGUCGUGGUUGAACGUUGACAGAAAGAUGGUAGUUUAUGACGAGAACAUCUCCAAAGCCAGCCAGUUACCAAAGUCUGGCGCACUGGUGGUAGUUGGCGGUGGUGACUGCCUGGAAAAGUUAGUACCAGACGUCAUAACGUUUCUUACCAAUGGAGGCUGUCUGAUUGGUGGGAUUUGUCCGUGGGGAUGGCUACAGCUGAAUCCCUCCAAAUGUCUUGACGACAUGCCUCUACAAAAUAUCAUCAUGGAAGCUGGAUUGUCUUUCACAGAAGACUACAGCAUCACCCGAGAUCGCGUGUUCACAGUUCCCACCAGCUCAGAAAAGAUGAAAAAUGCACAUUUCGGCCAAACAUUGAAAACUGUCUGCGACAAGUCAUUUGAAGAGUUUGCAGCAAGCACUGAGUAUUGCACGGCUGCACUUCCAAAGAAAUGCAUUGAGAAGUAUUUGUUGAAAGAUCUUGAAGAGGUUAUUUCAGGGCACCUACCUCACCUUGGAGAAGCAAUAAAGAACAAAACACUCAAGAAGUGCCAAAGGGGUAGUGCUGCCAUGGCAAGUAUGUACUUAGAAAGUAGCUGCUGCAAAGCUCCAGGAAUAGAAUCCUUCCCAGGAGAUUUUGAGUCGGAGCCACAGCUACACAGUGUAACAAUAACAAUCAACUCUAUGAGACAAGAACGUCACACCACUGGUUAUUAUCUACCCGCUGGUACCUUCCUACUUGUGAAGUCAUGUAACACAAAUAGUGGGGCACUUUCUGGUUGGAAAAUCCGAGUCGGUGCACACACAGACAGACUAAGUAACCAACACACGCUUCACCGAUGGCCAAACAUCAGUGUAGUCACCAACUUGAAUCAUGAAACGCAGCUCUUCUCUCCCUACGGUGGUAAUAUCUACCUGGAGAGCCCAGAGAAGCCAUCACUGUUGAGCAUCACAUUAGAAAAUGUGGUAGAAGCUCCCUGGUUUGACUUGACUAAACCUGAGACAGUUAACAACUGGCAGGUGAGCUGUCAGUCUCCUGGGUUGUGGGCGGAGCUUGCUGGGAGACACAUCAUCUUCACCUUACCUUCCACCUGCCUAAAGGAUGGUUUCAAUCCAACAGAGAUGUUGAUGUUUUGGGACAAGAUAGUCCAGUCCCAUCAUGAUCUACGAGGGACAGACCCCAGCGACUUUCGCCGAGAACGAGUGGUGGCAGACAGACAGCCAUGUGCAGGUUACAUGCAUGCAGGGUACCCUGUAGUCACACACCUGGAUAUUGCUGAAAAAGAUUCUGAUGCCAGUGUGUUGAACAUGUUGCUGUUGAAGACAAAAGGCAACUGGGGUCUCUUCCAUGAGCUUGGGCACAACAUGCAGCGAGAUGCAUGGACUUUUGAGGGGACCACUGAGGUCACAUGCAAUAUCUUCAGCCUCCAUGCCAUGCAUACCAUUGUCGGCAUUGACCCCUGGCAUCACCCAUGGUUACGGAACCAGUGGAAAGACAUACAUCAGUACCUUAAGAAACCAUGUUACAGUGCAUGGAAGGAGAAGCCAGGAGUUGGUCUAGGUGUCUAUGCUCAACUGGUGCAUCACUUUGGUUGGGAACCAUAUAAAAAGGUCUUCAGAGAGUAUGAAAGAGCAGUGAAUCCUCCUUCUGACAACCAAGACAAGAUAGACAGGUGGGUUGUCAGGUUCUCCAAGACAGUGCGACAGAAUCUGGUUCCACUUUUUGAGUUUUGGGGUCUGUCCGUUAGGGACUCAGCCAAAGCUGAAGUCUCAGAACUCCCCUGGUUUCUUCCGGAAGAUGAAAUCACUUCCAUGUACAAGAGCACAUAGUGAUUUCGUCAAUAAUCAUCGUGACAAGGAGCACUAACCCAACACGCAUGCAUGAGGUAGGUCAAAGGUGAAAGCAGUUAGGAGAACAUUACUGGCAGGAUGCAGCUGUGCAUCCAACAAGAGUGAAACCAUCUGACACUUUGUACAGCAUGAGUCAUCAGUGGAGAACUGCAUAAGUAUGCCAAGGAGAAUGAAGAGAAUGCACAAAGAGUGACAAUCCAGAGGAAAAUUGAAGAACACUUGCAAAAGAACAACUUUUAGUAAUGCUGAAUAUCAAAGAUAUUUUAGAAAAAUCAGUGAUCUGUUGUUGUGCUUUUCAACCUUUAUCAGAUUGUUGUGGGGUUCAAUGUUUAAACUGCACAAAUCAGGAUUGCCCCUUG